AGCUGGCCUCAUUUUUGCCAUUGACGACAUAAAAUUUAACGAUGUUGAUGGUAUUAAUCUCAAUAGAGGUAUAGUUGAUGAUACACCUACACGAAACAUUUUUAAUAAUAAAAUGUUCAAACGCAAUUAUAAACUUUCAUCUAAAAGAGUUGAUGAUAGUUUAGCGUUUAUUAACUCAAGUGACGACGAUAUGACACCAAAUGACUUGAUC